GCGUCGCCACACCCUGCCCGUGUCCCCGCCCCGGACAGGGGCGCGCCCUUACUUGUCUGGCCAUUUCUUACGAGAGACUUGAGACCCCUGCACCUGACGGUCACUGCCCUGACUCAGCCCACCCCGAUCUGCACUCGGCUGAGGGUCACCCUCUACUUUCAGCCUACACAUUGGAUCCCUGUACAUAGAAUGGAGGGGGCAGAAGGCAACGCGGGGCAGCCCGGCCCUGCGGAGCGGUCCCACCGAAGUAGCGUCUCCUCGGUGGGUGCCCGAGCAGCUGAUGUACUGGUGUACCUGGCUGAUGACACAGUUGUACCCCUGGCCGUGGAGAACCUGUCCUCGAUCAGUGCCCAUGAGCUGCACCGUGCAGUCCGUGAAGUCCUGCAGCUCCCAGAUGUGGCCCUGGAGGCCUUUGCACUCUGGCUUGUGUCCCCUCUGCUGGAGGUACAGUUGAAACCUAAGCACCAGCCCUACAAACUGGGCCGCCAGUGGCCGGAGCUGCUGCUGCGCUUCACCGACGCCUCGGAUGAUGACGUAGCCAUGGAUGAGCCUUCCCUGCAGUUCCGAAGGAAUGUGUUUUUCCCAAAGCGCCGUGAGCUCCAGAUCCAUGACGAGGAGGUCUUGCGGCUGCUUUAUGAGGAAGCCAAGGGCAACGUGCUGACCGCUCGCUACCCUUGUGACUUGGAGGACUGUGAGGUGCUGGGAGCCCUCGUGUGCCGGGUGCAGCUUGGGCCCUACCAGCCUGGCCAACCUGCUGCCUGCGCUCUGAGAGAGAAGUUGGACUCCUUCCUCCCUGCCCACCUCUGCAAGCGAGGCCACGGCCUCUUUGCUGCCUUCCGGGGCCGUGGGGCCAAGACUGGGCCAGGAGAGCAGGGCCUGCUGAGGGCCUACCGCCAGGUAAAGGAAGUGACGGGCGACAACAGUGACCAUGAAGCCGCCUUGGGCUCCCACUAUCGUGCAUACAUCCUCAAGUGCCACGAGCUGCCCUUCUAUGGAUGCGCCUUCUUCCAUGGUGAGGUUGACAAGCCAGCCCAGGGCUUCUUACAUCGGGGUGGGCGCAAACCAGUGACGGUGGCCAUCAGUCUAGAAGGUGUGCAUGUCAUCGACAACAGGGAGAAGCAUGUGCUGCUGGGCCUGCGCUUUCAGGAGCUGUCCUGGGAUCACACAUCCCCUGAGGAGGAGGAGCCUGUCCUGUGGCUGGAGUUUGAUGGUGACAGUGAGGGCAUGCCUGUCAACAAGCUGCUGAGGAUCUACUCCAAGCAGGCUGAGCUGAUGAGCGGCCUCAUUGAGUACUGCAUUGAGCUGAGCCAGGCCGCCGAGCCUGCUCUCCCCCAGGAGAGCGCAGCCGGCCCUCACGAGGCUCCUGGCUCCUCUCCACCUGCCACCCAGCGCCCCAAGCUGCGAAGGCAGGGCAGCGUGGUGUGUAGCCGGAUUCAGCAUCUCUCCACCAUUGACUAUGUGGAAGACGGCAAGGGGAUCAAGCGGGUGAAACCAAAGCGAACCACUUCCUUCUUCAGCAGACAGCUCUCCUCCAGCCAGGGAAGCUACACUGUGGUGCAGCCCACUGACGACAGCCUGGAGCAGAGCUGAGGGAGGCCACAGCUGGCAGCAGGAGGACAUAUGGGUGCCCUAGACACGACCAAGCACAGUCCUGGGCAGGACCAAGCCAUACUAGUCUCAGGCUGUGGGCCUGGCCAGGGUGCUGUGCAGAGUCUGCUGGAGUUUCAGACUGUGCAAAAGUAGCAUCCAAGCCUUCCCUGAGCCCCACGUGGCCAGAGCUGAGCUGCAGCUCUUUGUACAGCCUGCCUCUUCCCUCAGCUCCGGGCCCAGUAGCUGACUGAGACCUAGCUGCCCCUCCUGCUCUUCCCCAAGUGGACUGCGUCUUCUCUCUGGAGGGACUGCUGGCGGUUCUAAUGGCAGGUGACUGAACUCAGAGCUUAGGGCCUGCAAGGUCAGUGUCUGCCUUGGUCCUGGGCCCUUGGUGACCUCUUGCAUUCCUCCUGCUGACAUUCCGCCUUGCCGCUCCGCCAGGCUGCCGCCUUUCCCCUAGGGUAUGUUGGAACUGGAGCAGCCCUCUGCAGGCCAGCCCUGAGUGAUGGCUGCCUUCUCCUUGGCCUUUACUGAUGUCUCUGUGCUGAAUGGUGGCUGUCCUAGGAACCGAAUCCACACUGCAUACAGGAAAAGCCCUUAAAUGUCUCUGGGCUGGAAUGGCUGUCCGGUACCAGCCAGUUCCCUUGUUUUCCUGUGUUCUGGGUCAAGGGUUAGAUUUGCCUUGUCUCCUCUGCUCGGAGCUGAUAAAGCCUGGGACCUGGCAGCUCGGAAUUGCACUGCACCGAGGGAUUCUGAGGCCAGCCACAGCGGUUCAAGCCUCCUCUUCUCUCCUGAGGUUGUUGUGAAGGAGGCCUCUCCCCAGCACUGCACCCCUGGCAGCCUUGACUGUGCCAGGGAGGGGUGCUGUCCAGGGUGGGGUGCUGUCCAAGGUGGGGUGCUGUCCGGGCUCUUAAGCCCUCAGUACUCCCUAGGAGUCCCAACCGGGCCCCAGAGACAUAGUAGCUUUGUCUUCGGGGUAGAAAGACACAGAAACACAAAUGCUUGCAUUUCUGUAACUGAAAGCAGUCAGCCUGCCCAGGGAGAAAGAAAAGGCUGGCUUACCCAUUGCAGUUUCUGUCACCUGCCAUUUGUAGUUAACCCUUUUGGAGUCAUGUGUGUUCCCUGAGCUACCAGCCCACUCUUGGUGACCUUUCGGUCAUCUUGACUGCUGUUGAUGGCUUCAGAUCAUUACGUGAGGGGCCCAGAUGUGUGUGCGUGGGUACACAAACUCUGCAUUUCCACUUGAGCCUUUGAGUUUAAUUACCACGUGUGCCUUAACCCUCUAGGACAGAGCACUGUUUUACUAAAUAAAUGUCUUGAGUGUU